CCUCCAGGCACAGUCAUUCAAGAUGCACUCAAGUGUCCUGGCUGCCUUUCUCUUCUUGAGCUGGACUUCUUGUUGGUCCCUGCCCCUUCCCAGUGAUGAGGACGAUGAGGAUUUGUCUGAGGAAAACUUCCAGUUCGCAGAGGGCUACCUCAGAUCAUAUUACCAUCCCCUGAAUCCUGCUGGCAUCCUGAAGAAGACUGCAGCGAGCUCCAUGGUUGACAGGCUCCGAGAAAUGCAGUCUUUUUUUGGCUUAGAGGUGACUGGCCGACUUGAUGAUAACACCUUAGACAUCAUGAAAAAACCAAGAUGCGGGGUUCCUGAUGUGGGUGAAUACAACGUUUUCCCUAGAACUCUGAAAUGGUCCAAAGUGAAUUUAACCUACAGAAUUGUGAAUUAUACCCCUGACAUGACUCAUUCUGAAGUUGAAAAGGCCUUCAAAAAAGCCUUCAAAGUUUGGUCUGAUGUGACACCUCUGAAUUUUACCAGACUUCACAAUGGCACUGCUGAUAUCAUGAUCUCUUUUGGAACUAAAGAGCAUGGCGACUUCUACCCGUUUGAUGGACCCUCUGGUUUGCUGGCUCAUGCUUUUCCUCCUGGGCCAAAUUAUGGAGGGGAUGCCCAUUUUGAUGAUGAUGAAACUUGGACAAGUAGUUCCAAAGGCUACAACUUGUUCCUUGUUGCUGCCCAUGAGUUUGGCCACUCUUUAGGUCUCGACCACUCCAAGGACCCAGGAGCACUCAUGUUUCCCAUCUACACCUACACUGGCAAAAGCCACUUCGUGCUUCCUGACGACGACGUACAAGGGAUCCAGUCUCUCUAUGGUCCAGGAGAUGAAGACCCCAACCCUAAACACCCCAAAACACCAGACAAAUGUGAUCCCUCCUUAUCCCUUGAUGCCAUUACCAGUCUCCGAGGAGAAACGAUCAUCUUUAAAGACAGAUUCUUCUGGCGCCUGCAUCCUCAGCAGGUUGACGCAGAGCUGUUUCUAACCAAAUCAUUUUGGCCUGAACUCCCCAACCGUAUCGAUGCCGCAUAUGAGCAUCCUUCCCAUGACCUUAUCUUCAUCUUCAGAGGCAGAAAAUAUUGGGCUCUUAAUGGUUAUGACAUCCUGGAAGGUUAUCCCAAGAAACUAUCUGAACUAGGAUUUCCAAAAGAGGUUAAAAAGAUAAGUGCAGCUGCUCACUUCGAGGACACAGGGAAGACUCUCUUCUUCUCGGGAAACCAGGUCUGGAGCUAUGAUGAUACCAAACAUGCGAUGGAUAAAGACUACCCCAGGCUAAUAGAAGAGGACUUCCCAGGAAUUGGUGACAACGUAGAUGCUGUCUAUGAGAAAAACGGUUAUAUCUAUUUUUUCAAUGGACCCAUACAGUUCGAAUACAGCAUCUGGACUAACCGCAUUGUUCGUGUCAUGUCAGCAAAUUCCCUAUUGUGGUGUUAAGUGUAUUUUAAAUAUUGCUAUUUAAAUCAUAAAGAACAUUUGGAAUACUACUUCUAGGGAUACGGGGAGGGGGGAGAGAUAUCAGGGAAAGCUUCGUUCUGUGAACAAGCUUCAGUAAGUUAUCUUUGACUGUGUAUUAUCUAUAUGGCUAAGUGUGGCUGGAACCACAUUUAAUUGGAAAGUAAUGAAAUUUAGUUUCUCUCAGGAUCACCUCAUUCUUGUGUACUCUCUAGAAGCAAUAACUGACGAUAUUUCCCACGUCAAAAAUAGAGCAUAUCGGCUGUCAGAGAGCAUAAUUAUAAACAUAUUUAUAAGGACAUUUUGCAAAGGCAUACAAGUACAUCACAUUUAUAUCAUCAAUAAAUCUUCUUUGUCAAAAAGUGUAAAAUAGUGUAAACAUAGAAUUUGGGGGGGGGGGUCAUAUGAUAGCCAUAGAAGAACAAAGGUAAACCAAAGGGAAGUGUCUGUAAUAAAUAUAUUGUAAACAACUUUCCAAAAAUAAU